AUGGCAAUUAGUACUCGUUCUAUUUUUGUGGCUACAAUUGUCAUAUGUUCAUUUUUGGCUCUUUGUGAUGGUGAAAUAUUGUUCUCCACCCUCAAGAAAGCUCUUGAAGUGAAGGCUGAACACAAAGCGGGCGUCUUGAUGGCCGGGGAGGACAUACUCACAUUCAAGUGGUCCUUGAACACUACACUCUCAGCAGGGGCAGACUCAGGCUACAAAUCAGUAAAAUUGCAGCUCUGUUACGCCCCCAUAAGCCAAAAGGACCGUGCGUGGAGGAAAACAGAAGACCACCUUAAAAAGGACAAAACUUGUCAAUUCAAAAUUGUGACCGUACCAUACAAAUCCUCAAACAACAAUUACACUUGGACAAUCAAGAGGGAUAUCCCAACAGCUACUUACUUUGUUAGAGCUUAUGUUUUGAAUGCUAAUGGUCAAGAAAUUGGCUAUGGACAAAACACUGAUGACAAAAAGGUAGACAACCUUUUCAGCAUUCAAGCAAUUAGCGGACGACAUGUUACUUUGGAUAUUUGUUCUAUUGUCUUCUCUGCUUUCUCUGUUGUCGCUCUCUUUGCAUUUUUCUACAUGGAGAAGAGAAAGGCCAAGGCAGGUAAGUGAUGGCGAUGAUGAUGACUAUGACCAUGGAUGGAUCUACAUUGUGUGAUUAUGUGGAAGGAAAUUAAAUAAUCUCCUUUAUUUUCGAUGUAUCGUAGACUUUUUUUUUUUAUAUAUAAGAUAAUGUAUUAAUUAAGUUUAAUACUGAGUUUGAUGACUCAUCAUGUGUCAUGCGUGACAUUGUUAAUUACCUUCUUGUUUUUAAUUUAUACUCUGUACUUUUAUUGGAUGAGGGAAGUUUGUUUUAUCAGGUUUUU